AUGAACCUCUCUCUUAUCGACCCGUUUGUCCUGGCUCAGGACUAUCCGGACACAUUAUCAGAGAAACUGAGAAGUGGUCACGCGACAUGUCUACGAUUCAAUCGCAAGGGAGACUAUCUGGCGUCUGGACGAGUGGAUGGCACAGUUGUUAUAUUUGAUGUCGAGACAAAUGGAGUUGCGCGCAAGCUCAAGGGUCACGUUAGACAAAUCCAAUCGCUCAGCUGGUCUAGAGACGGUCGCUAUAUUCUGAGCUCAUCGCAAGACUGGAAGUGUAUUCUGUGGGAUCUGAAAGAUGGUUCCCGGGUACGCACAGUCCGGUUUGAAGCUCCCGUAUAUAUCGCAGAACUACAUCCUUACAACCAUCUAUUAUUCGUAGCCUCCCUCUUCGAAGACCAGCCCGUUCUCGUGGACAUCUCAUCCCGCAAACCUGUCAAACGCAUCCUCCCCUCCGCCCCAUUUCGCGCCGCGCCCUCUAAAGAUGAAGAAGUCGAUCCAGCCGUCGCCGCCAAACAAGCGGCACAAGAUGCGAAACAUUCAACCUGUGUCACAGUUUUCACUGCACUCGGUAACCAUAUCAUAGCCGGCACGUCGAAAGGCUGGAUCAACCUCAUCGAAACGCAAACCUGCACCACCAUCCACUCCACCAAACUCUGCAGCGGCGUUAUUAUCCUCCUCCGUCUGGCCAGCAACGGCCGCGACCUCCUCAUCAACAGCUCUGACCGCGUUAUCCGCACAAUCCUCAUGCCCGACCUCUCCCAACUCGGCAUCGAUCUCGAACCAACAAAUAUAAAGCUCCAAGUCGAGCACAAAUUCCAAGACGUUGUCAACCGCCUUAGCUGGAACCACGUCGCCUUCUCCUCAACCGGCGAAUUCGUCACCGCCUCCACCUUCAUGAACCCCGACAUCUACGUCUGGGAACGCAGCCACGGCUCCCUCGUCAAAAUCCUCGAAGGGCCCCGCGAAGAACUCGGCGUCGUAGAAUGGCACCCAACCCGCCCCUUCGUCGUCGCAUGCGGCCUCGAAUCCGGCUGCAUCUACACCUGGUCCAUCGUGACCCCACAGAAAUGGUCCGCCCUCGCGCCUGAUUUCGGCGAAGUCGAAGAAAACGUCAACUACAUCGAACGCGAGGAUGAGUUUGAUAUCCACCCGGCCGAGGAAAUCCACCAGCGCCGUCUCGACGCAGAAGAUGAAGAACCUGACGUCCUCACCAUCGAGCCAAUAAAGGGCGGCGUCGGCGACGACGAGAUUGAGUCCUUCCGCAUGCCCGUCCUACUCGAUAUCUCCGACAGCGAAAGCGAGGAAGACAUCAUUGCCGUAGGACCGGGGACGAUGCGCCGUCGGAGUCCAGGUGGUGCACGGGAUAAAGUAAAUGGCGAGAAUGGGACGGUGGCUGCAGGUCGAGGCGCGAAAGGGGGGCGGCGGCGGUGA